CCUGUCGAAAUGGGAUCCGACAUCGUUCCACCCUCCCCUCCCUCUCCCACCGGCCUCCCCCUUCUCAGGCGCACCUGUCCUCCCCCCCUUUUUUUUUUACUCUCCCACCCUCUGUCAUGUCCGAUUCCGAUAGCUUCGUGAUUGCCCGCGUUGGCCGCAGCCAGUUGUCCAAGUACGUUGAUCGCAAUGUCCGCUUUGUGGGACAGGUGAUCCGUACCAACCCCGGUCACACGGCAGUUCUCGCCGCUCCCGACGGCGGUGAGGUCAUCAUCAUCCUGCAGUCUGGUACCCCGGUGGACUCGAAGUUCAUCGAGGUUAUCGGCACUGUGCAGCCGGAUCAGUCUAUCCGCGAGUUGUCGAUCACCUCCUUCGGGGACGACUUCGACAUGGACAACUUCAACAGUCUGCUGCAAAUUAUCCCCAAGUUCCCCAACCUCUUCCAUGUCUAAAUGCCCCACGCCUUGUACACCUGUUACCUGUCUACUCACACAUGUAUGUAUGUCUGAGCGUAUAUACAUAUAUGUGUGUGUAUGUGUACGAAAAGGUAUAUAGGCGCGUCCGAUCCAAGAAAACCCCUCCAAGAAAAAUCCGUUAAAAAAGCUCCCAGAAUAAAGACCCCCUCGCAAA